GUUGGAAGUUCAAGACACCGCAGAAGGUUUUGUUUGUAGAGGAGUUAACCGAGAUUAUGACCAACAAUUUCCCAGAGUUCUGGAAACUUGGACAAGCAUAUAUUGCUGGUUCCCUCACUGUCAAAGAGGAAGGAAAACCAAGUAAACCUGAUCAAACAAAAUAUAAUACAUUCAAGCAAAUGGUGUCAUCAACUAUAAAGUAUUUCUCCAAUCUUGUAAGAGCUGCAUUCCUUCCCAAGUCUCUCGAGAACAUUCCAGCAGACGGACUACAGGAGUAUGGUGUGUGGCCUGACAGCAAGAAGGAGAUCCCAGGGGCGUGGCUUCCUCACUGUGUCAGAUAUGUCAGGUCAUGUGCGUCAUCCCUGUGUAGUCUUGAUCUGCCAAGUGACAGUCAGGAGUUGAUACAAGAAUUGGCGUUUGAUAUGAGAACUAACUGUAUGUUUACCAUGCUUCAACAAGCCAUCAGUGAUGUCCGCUGUCUUCAUACAAAAGAAACAUGGGUGGUGGAACUUGAUGAUGAAUUUGGCGGUAAAACCCAACUACCAGCCCUGUUUGAGAACAUUGUUAAUGAAGCUAUCCAGCAUUUACACGAGGUUGUUGUACAGAAUAAAUUUGGUGAAAGAGAGAUAUUUAAUCAAAGACCUGUUCAGAAGGAAGCUACUGUAUUGUGCACUAAACUACUGGAGGCAUUUGCCCCUUGUCUAGAGCAGCUUGCCUUCACGGAGAAUGAUAAAGAUACAAAAUCUCCAGAUAACAGUUUUAGUAAUGAAGGAGAUAAGCAGAUGAUGGAAUCAAGGUCGCAUGAGGACCAUGUACCAUCAAAGGAUAAGAAGUUGAUAAUAAUGUUGAGUAAUUGUAACCACACAAAGGGACAUCUGAUACCACGACUUGUGGAGAACCUCAAUAAACAUGGUUAUGUUGAGAUGAACAAAGUUCUACAGGCUAGUCAAGACACAUACAAUAAGUUGGAUCAUCAGUUGUUUGAGGCAUAUAUAGAGGAAAAAUCUAACCCAAUCGUGGGAGCCAUGGAACCUAACAUGUAUAGAGGACAUUUUGAUUGGAGGCAUUGCAGAUCACCUACAGAUGUACGAGAUUACUUAAAGGAAGUUAUAAUGGGAAUGAUAGAGGUUCAUGCUGAGGUAUAUUCAAUAUCGCCAUCAUUUAUAUCUCGUGUGAUGACCAAGAUUGUGGAUGCUGUUGUUGAGGAAAUGUCUCGACUGAUACAAUGUGUACCUGAGUUUGGUACCAAUGGUAUACUACAGGCUAAGCUAGAGAUUUUAUGUCUACAGCAUACAGUUCAGCUCUACAAUUCAAAUAUGACCAUAACAAGUUUUAAAGAAGCCCUUGAUCAUUUACCUGAUUUACCACAAGGAGAAAAAAGGAAAGUGGAAGAGUUAAUAAACAAGUUCAAAUCUCAAAUGAAGUUUCACCUGAUGUGUUUCACCAGCGAAACUUCAACUGCCUGAAAUAGCUACAACCAUUGAAACUUCAACUGCAUGAACAGUGAAUUGGUCAUUUUUAAGCAAAAUCGUCCAAGCAUAUGUACAGUAAUGCAAUGCUUCGGUUUGUAAGAUAACAACAAUAUUACCGACUUGAGGUUUAAACUGAUGAAAAUGUGCUUUAAACUUAGUGCUCUUUAUUUGUUGGAUUCGAAUUGUUAAAUUGAUAUAAACUUGAAUUUCAAAGUGUAAAAAAAAACUUUCCAGUGAAAACCAGUUAUUACAUUGUGUCUUAUUUUCACUGUUACUCUCUUUGAUUACUUGUGGUUAAGCUUUAACUUUCUAAUUCACUACAUUCACAUUUAAAAGGGAAACAUCCACUCUUGCAACACAUUUCCGGUGUGGUUUUUUUUGGUAACUAUUGUUUAAUUGUUCAUUUGUUUACAUGGUCAUUGUUGUUGAAGUUUUUCUGUGUGUUCAGCUAUUAUCACAUGUAUCUGAUUGUAUAAUAUGGACAGUGCAAUAUUUGUAAUAUAUGUUGAUGUAAUGUUUUAUUGUAUUUGAAUAAAUAAUCAAUAAUUA